AUGGCUUUUCCAGAUAGGCCCGUGGCACAUCUUCUUGGCUCUAAUGGUCCCGUUCAUGCCGUAGCUUAUUCUGCUUCUCCCGGAAACUACAUCCUCACCGGGUCGGCAGAUCGCUCCAUCCGGCUGUACAAUCCCUUCCCCAGCACGUCCAUCCCCGAGGUCCGGCCCAGCGCAAAGCCGGCCGUGCCACAGGGGCGCCUCAUCCAGAUGUACGCCGCGCACGGCUACGAAGUCACCAGCCUCGCCGUCGCGACCGACAACGAGAGUUUCGUGUCUGGGGGCGGCGACCGCGCCGUCUUUCUGUGGGACGUGACCAAGGCGGUGACGACGAGGCGGUUUGGCGGCAACGCGCAGGGGCACUCGGCGCGGAUUAACUGCGUAAGCUUUGCGGGCGCGGGGGACUCGCUGGUGGUGAGUGGCGGGUUCGACACGACGGUGCGGGUGUGGGAUGUGCGCAGCACGAGCUUCAAGCCGAUUCAGGUGCUGAGCGAGGCGAAGGACGCGGUGACGAGCCUGGCGGUGAUGGGGCCGGAGGUGGUUGCGGGGAGUGUGGAUGGGCGGGUGAGGAGCUAUGAUGUGCGGAUGGGGAGGUGCACCACUGAUGUUGUGGGCGCGAGCGUGGUGAGCCUGGACGUUACGAGAGAUGGCAAAGCUAUGCUGGUGGGCUCGCUGGAUAGCAAGUUGCGGCUGAUGGAUAGGGAGCACGGGACGUGUCUCCGGGCGUACUCGGAUCCGCUGUGGAAAAAUGAGGAGCUGCGGCUGCAGUCGAUGCUGGGCGGCAAGGACAAGUACGUGGUGGCUGGAGACGAGAUGGCUGGAGAGGCGGAUGCUGCUACUGGAGGCGCAGGGAGGAUAUGGGCAUGGGAUAUCUUGUCGGGCAAAGUGGUGGCCAAGGUGACGGUGGCUUGGGGACCGGCGGGCCAUGAGGUGAAGAAGGUGAUUGGGAAGGACGGCAAGCCAAAGGUGCGGAACAAUGUCAUUAGCUGUAUGGCGUGGAGAGAUGGAGGCUGGGGGGAUCAGUUUUGCGUGGGAGGGACGUCUGGAGUGGUUACUGUGUUUGGGACGUUAUAG